GUUAAAGACUAUAGAUAUAGAUCAUUCUGAUCAUGUAAUCUUAUAAUUUACGAAAAAGUUGAAUUGAAAGAUUAAAAAAGAUGGCACAAUUACCAUCCGGAAUUGUAUCUCAUUCUCAAAAAGUUUGCAGUUUAUAUAAACGAGCUUUGUCUUGUCUUAAAGAUUGGUGUAACGAUCGUUUAGAAUACAGAUACAACGCUAUAAAACUUCGCCAACGCUUUGAAAAAAAUGCAUGUAUCGUAGAUUUGAGAUUAGCAAAACAUCUGUUACAAGAAGGUGAAGAAGAAUUAUUUCAAAGACAACAUUUUCAACCGUAUAUAUACCCUGAGUCACCAGGAGGUGUUGCUUAUAAACGAGAUGCCUUACUACCGGAUAGUAUAGUAGAUAACUGGGAACCAAUUGAAAAAGCAAUGUAUCCUAAAUAUUUUGCACAACGUGCAGAACGUAAGAAAAAAUACUUGGAAUGGUAUUACAAGGAAUAUCCACAAAAACAGCUAGAAUGUAAAGAUACUCAUUGAAAACAUUCAAGAUAAAAAAAUUAGUUGUACCAUACUCAGUAAGUAUAGAAACAUAAUGGAAGUCUUACUGUAUUCUUGAUUUGUAAUGUUUAGCAUUACCAAUAAAUUUUUUUGAAUG